AUGGACGUUGCAAGCCCAAGUCAUUUGCCUCACCCACAUGAUCCAACCCCAACUCCCCAUGUGCCGACCCCUCAUCGUCGGCGCAAACUUUCCACCCCGCGCAACUUUCUCGUCUUUCCAGUACAGCUCGACCAGCCUAGGCCAUCCCUCGAGGCGUUCCCUUUCACAACCUAUUCCGCGUUCGACCUCAAGGCCAGGCACAUGUACGACCGCAACCUGGCACGUGGGCUCGACGAUAUCUGGGUCGAUGCGGCCAAUUACUACAAACAAAGACAAAGCGCGCGGCACGAAUUCAUUAUUUUCUCGAUCGCUUCCGGUGCUACUGGGAUGCAAAACUUCGUCGCGCUUGAUCGGAAUGGCUACAUUCAAGGGUCGAGUGGUCUUGGUGGGUCUGGGAAAAAUAAGCUUGGUUUGCCGGCUCAGGACUAUUUUCAUGUGUCGCAUUAUGGAGACAUGAAAGCGCUUGCCAACCAUUGUGGACGGAAUACACCGAAAACCCAGUAUACGCAUGUCGAACAUAUUGGUCUCGCGACUAGAGCUUUGCCAUUCUCUCAGCUCUUGGUACUUGUAAAUACCAUCAGCGAUUGGGAACCGGCCUACAAGUCGACAACAAACGAUCAUUGGUUUGCAGCCCUUAUUUGGGAAUGUAUAAUCGGAAUUUUUGCAAGUGGGAUCGUUCGACGCAAGAGGUUCUCCGAGGAUCGAAGUCGUCUCAAGGGGCUGAAGGUCACAGUAAAUCAGGACGAGUAUCAGCGAGUAGUGAAAAAGUACCAAGACGACCUGGUGAUCUUUAACAACGGAAUUGCAGCAAAUACAAAAAAGGCCGAAGUCCCUGACGACCCCGACUCUGGGGGGGAUCAGAUUUCCAACGACUUAGUACCACCUGGGGAACCUAACCAACGACCCAAAUCGCCAUACUUAAUAACAACAUCUAUCAAUGCUCCUCGUGCGAAGAUCACAAGGGAAGGAAGAAUCCGUCAAUUGGAACGCACGAGGGCCACUUCCCUUCGUGUUAACAGCAAGGAUUCAAAUGCACAGAGUACUAUCGACCCAUAUCUUCACAAGCGACUAAACAAGAAGCUUCCUAGUUUGCCCCCCAAUGCUGUUCCGGACAUUCCACGCUCCCGAGCUAAAUCUCUCAACAAUUCUAUGAGAGGACAGAAAAGGGUGGACACUCGUGGAGAUCUUCCGGCGUUUUCAAACUUUCACUACGACAAAAAUGAACUUCGCCAGGCACAGCGACCUCCACUUCCACCUCAGACCACUCGUGAGUUCUCAUGGAUCAAAGUGGAAUCGGGGGAAUGCAACGGAGACGGUCAGAGCCGCAGGCCCAGGACGGCUUACAGUUUACCCCCAGCCGGAAAUAUUACUAGAAUUCCUCAAGGUCAUUUGAAGCAACGGACAAAGUCCACUUAG